GUGGGACCAGAGAAGCUCGCCCGUAUGCGUCUCCACAGGGUUCACGGUUGAUCCAGGAUUUAAAUUCGAUUCGAAGAGACUUUCGGCCUAGGCCAACAUCGUUUUGAUGAUCACCACUCCGAACCCUUCCCCAAGUCGUAGCGGGCUAGCGGCCUCCUCAGUCCUCACAGACAGGCAACACCUAGCCGUAGCAUUGUAGCAACACGCGCAGGCCGCAGACACUCAGCGCUGCCACACGGAUCACGCAAUGCCUCCCGCCAUGCUCGCGCCGGUGCCCACCAGGCCGCGCUCCAACCCCUUCCGCCGCCGCAGAGGAGCUGCUCCGCGCCUCCUCGAUCAGACUGCGACGGCUGCGGCGAAGCGGCCCGCUGAGUCGUCCACCUCGGCUUCCUCCUGCUUCUACAGCGAGGUGAUCUCCAACUCCACCUCCCUCGCCGCGUUUCAGCACCCAGAGAAGAGGCGUCGGCGCCAGGACGCGGACGCGGACGAGGCGCGGCCGGCCGGCUCCGAGUGCUCGGAGGUGAUCGGCGGCGCGAGGGUGCGCCCCGCAGAGGUCGAGGCCUCCGAGUCGUCGUGCCUCGGCUCCGUGCUCGAGUCCGACCUCGCCUGCCCUGAGCAGCUCGCCGACAACGCUGAGGCGAUCGAGUACUCCUCCGCGUGCGAUGAGCUGACCCCGUCGGAGCCCGAUGAGGAGGAGGUGCUCAGCGGUUCCAGCGGCUGCGCGCUGUACUCCCUCAGCCCCCUGAUCAGCUCCCCAUUGACCGAAGAUGACAACGACGACGCGCCCUCUGCGACAUUCUCCCUCUUCCUCGACUUCGCCAAGCAGUUCGUCCCCUGCGUGCACCCCAAAACGUGCGCCGUCACCAGUACCGCUCUCGAUCUCCUGACGGGGAGGCGGUUUGAGGACUUAGACGACGAGGAGACCUACGAGCGGUUCCGGCGGCGCGAGCGGCGUGAGGCAGUUGCGCGCGACUACACUGAGGUGUACAGGUCCAUACCCGACAGCUACGGCCCUCUCGUCGUGGAGCAACGUGUCUUCAUGGUGGACUGGAUCAUUGAGCAUUCACGUCUGAUGAAGCUCCAGCCAGUUACAAUGUUCAUGGGGAUUGGAUUGAUGGACCGCUUCUUGACACAAGGGUAUAUGAAAGGUUUGGAAAACCUUCAGUUGCUGGCCAUUGCCUGCAUCACCCUGGCUACCCGCAUCGAAGAGAACCAGCCAUACAAUUGCGUCCUUCAAAAGACUUUUAAAUUUGGGACCAUUAACACCUACAGCCAGAGUGAAGUUGUUGCCAUGGAGUGGCUGGUUCAGGAGGUCCUCAACUUCAAGUGUUUUGUCACAACACCUCACCAUUUCCUAUGGUUCUAUCUGAAGGCUGCAAAUGCUGAUGACAGUGUAGCGGACCUGGCAAACCACCUGGCCUUCCUCUCACUUGAGAACCCUAAGCAGCUCUCCUUCUGGCCCUCGACUGUGGCAGCUGCAGUGGUAGCUCUUGCUUGCCUUGCCACAGGCAAGGAGCCCUCAUGCCAUUUGGUGAUGGAGACUCACAUGAGGACGCAGGACGAUGAUCUACCAGAAUGCCUAAUGAGCCUCGAGUGGCUGAUCGAGUGCGUCCCGUGAUACCCAGAGCUCCCAGGUGACAGCUGCGUUUCACAUUUUUUUCCUGUACAUGGCAUUAGUCUGCCCUGUAGUGUAGAUAAGAUAAUAGUCAAGGAAGCACGAAACGUAGCUUGUGGAUUUUGAUUACGCAGCUUUCUGAUUAGGAGCACGACAAGGACGAGAUUUUGGUCUUGAGUUGUCUGCCUUUAGGGACUGCUGGAAUGUCUAUCUUUACAUCGUUUAUUUGCUCUUUAGGGACAGCCAAGGCUGGGCGUUGUUGUACUCGUUGAUAUAUUUGUUUAACCAAUGUAUUGCUGAUGGAUGAUAUACCACUGAAAUCUGUUGUUCUGGUGUGA